CUCGCCCAUCGCUCUCCUUACAGACGCUUAUCGACCAUGGCCAACACGACAGGCCCAUCAGAUCAGAAAUCGUGGACGGCAUCCAGGAUCCGUCAAGAGUUUUUCGAUUAUUUCCAGGCGAAGGAACACACUUUUGUGCCUUCAUCGUCUACGAUCCCAUAUGAGGACCCAACGCUCUUAUUCGCUAAUGCCGGCAUGAACCAAUACAAGCCAAUCUUCCUCGGCACGGUGGAUCCUCAUUCCGAUCUUUCAAAGUUAAAGCGUGCAUAUAAUAGUCAAAAGUGCAUCAGGGCAGGGGGAAAGCACAAUGAUCUGGACGAUGUCGGCAAGGACUCGUAUCACCACACCUUUUUCGAGAUGUUAGGCAACUGGUCGUUCGGGGAUUACUUCAAGAAAGAAGCAGUUCAUUACUCUUGGGAGCUCCUAACCGAGGUCUACAAACUUCCCAAGGACAGACUGUAUGUCACCUAUUUUGAGGGCGACGCCAAGAAUGGCCUUGAGCCAGAUCUUGAAGUUCGCGAAUACUGGAUAAAGCAGGGUGUUCUCGAAGAUCACAUUCUUCCUGGCAACGCGAAAGAUAACUUUUGGGAAAUGGGUAGCACAGGUCCCUGCGGGCCAUGCAGUGAGAUCCACUAUGACCGGAUCGGCGGUCGCAACGCGGCGCAUCUCGUGAACCAAGAUGAUCCUGACGUACUCGAAAUCUGGAACAACGUUUUCAUCCAAUUCAACAGGGAAGACGAUGGCUCUUUGAGACCUCUACCUGCCAAGCACGUUGACACAGGCUUGGGCUAUGAACGACUUGUGUCAGUCAUCCAAGACAAGAGAUCAAACUACGACACCGACGUUUUCUCUCCUAUCUUCGCCAAGAUUCAGGAGCUUACGGGAGUUCGUGAAUACCGAGGAACGUUUGGAGCAGAGGAUGCCGACGGCAUUGAUACCGCCUAUCGCGUUGUUGCAGACCAUGUCCGUACACUAACCUUCGCUCUGAGCGAUGGAGGUGUUCCGAACAAUGUUGGACGGGGAUAUGUGCUCCGGCGAAUUCUUCGUAGAGGCUCACGAUACGCUCGCAAAAAGUUGGGCGUCACGAUCGGUUCCUUCUUCUCAUCUUUGAUGCCUGUCGUCGUCGAGCAAUUGGGAGGCGUGUUUCCUGAGCUCACGAAAAAGGUGGACGACCUGAAAGAGAUUUUGGAUGAAGAGGAGGAAUCGUUCUCUCGCACCCUAGAUCGGGGCGAGAAACUAUUCGAGCAGUAUGCUGCGAAUGCUCGGGAACGAGGCUCGACGCAACUAAAUGGAAAGGACGUCUGGCGCUUGUAUGACACAUAUGGAUUCCCCGUCGAUCUUACUCGUAUCAUGGCCGAGGAGCUUGGCCUGACAGUGAACGAAGAGGAGUUCAUCGAGGCACAAGCUCAGUCCAAGGAAGCUAGCAAAGCGUCUCUGAAGAAGGGCACGAAGGACGUAGUCCGCCUCGAUGUGCAUGAUAUAGCAGCACUGGAGAAGAAUGCCGACGUGCCCAAAACCGACGAUUCGCCUAAGUUCUCAACCGGCAACACUGAUGCUACCAUCAAGGCCAUCUACUACAACAAGGCAUUCAUCAAUUCGACGUCUGGCGUAUCAUCUGACUCUACGUUUGGAGUCAUCCUCGAUCGAACCAGCUUCUAUGCGGAGGCAGGUGGACAGGAGUAUGACACCGGAAACAUCGUCAUCGACGGCGUCGCAGACUUUGAAGUAACCAAUGUCCAGGUUUUCAACGGUUAUGUCCUCCACAUAGGGCAUCUGAAAUACGGUCAGCUGGACGUCGGAAAUGCUGUGCUUUCUUCAUAUGAUGAGUUACGCCGGUGGCCUCUACGCAACAACCAUACCGCCACGCACAUUCUGAACUUCUGCUUGCGUGAAGUCCUUGGUGACCACAUCGACCAGAAGGGUUCUCUCGUUGCCCCGACGAAGCUGCGGUUUGACUUCUCCCACAAGGCGCAGAUCGCCCUUCCGGAACUCGCCAAAAUCGAAUCUAUGAGCAACGACUGGAUCAAGAAGAACGUCAAGGUGUUCAGCCAGGAGCUGGAUCUCAAAACUGCUCAAAAGAUCCCUGGUCUGCGUGCAGUUUUCGGCGAGUCAUACCCAGACCCCGUGCGCGUAGUCACUCUCGAAUACGAUGUUGCUGAAAUGGCUCGGGACAUCGAGAACCCAAAGUGGCGCGGUACGAGCGUCGAGUUCUGUGGCGGAACGCACGUGGCUCGGACUGGAGAUAUCAAGCAGUUCGUCCUCAUCGAGGAGUCAGGCAUCGCGAAGGGCAUUCGUCGGAUUGUUGCGGUUACCGGUCACGAGGCGCACGAUGUGGUCAGACAGGCGGAGACUUUCAAGUCCAGGCUGCAGCAGGUUGAGCAGUCCUCUGGCAAGGCCAAGGAUGCUGGUCUGAAGGAGCUCAGCGUGGAAAUCGGUCAAGCCGACAUUUCUAUCCUCGUCAAGUCAGAAUUGAAGGACCGUUUGACCACCCUCCGUAAAGCGUUUGAUAAGGAAGUGAAGGAGAAGGAAGCUGCCGCGAGUAAAGCCGCGGUCGACGGUGUCAUUCGGUACUUUGAAGAAAAGCCCAACGCAACAGGCUACUUCGCUGUCCUUGAUGUGCAAGGAAACUCCAAGAUCCUUCAAGCCGUCGUUCUUCAGGCCAAAAAACUAGGGAAAGCGGUCUACGUGUUCAGUGUCGACACUGACGCACAGAAGGUUGCCCACGUCAACCAUGUACCCGAGGCAUUCCGGUCCAAGGGAGUGGAUGCCCGCACUUGGGCCUCCAAGGUCACGGAGAUACUCGGCGGAAAGGCUGGUGGCAAGGAAGAGGGUGCUCAGGGCGUCGGCUCUAACCUCGACAAGGUGCAAGAUGCGCUGACUGCCGCGGAGCAAUACUUCAACGAGAUCAAGCCAUAGUAGUUCGUGUAGGUUUUGCUUUGUAUGAUUGCUUUGAGGUUUUCGAAUGUAGCGUAGUGUUGUUUUUUGGGCAUCUAUAUACACAACUAUUCUAGACUC